GGCGACUUGAUCGACGAAAUAUCAUCUCCGUCUUCUUAUUGGAUCUAUUGGUCACAUCUUGCAACACCGUAUACUGUUUAGAGGAAAACAACGGGAAAGUAAAGCGUGGUCGGUCCUGGCGAUCGGCGGAGGAAAGAUGGCCAUGAACUUCGUGACAUUCAACCAGGACUAUAGCUAUCUGGCUGUGGCGACUUCCAAGGGGUUCCGGAUCUUCACCACAGACCCUUUCGCAAAAAGCUAUGAGACCAAGGAAGGGAAUAUUGCCAUAAUUGAAAUGCUAUUCUCGACGUCCCUGGUUGCGCUGAUAUUAUCACCGCGUCGCCUUCAAAUCACUAAUACCAAGCGCCAAUCCACGAUAUGCGAGUUGACCUUUCCUACCACCGUGCUAGCGGUGAAGCUGAACCGGAAACGGCUUGUGAUCGUGCUAGAGGAUCAGAUCUAUCUCUAUGAUAUCCAGACCAUGAAGCUCCUGUAUACCAUUGAGACUUCGCCGAAUCCCAACGCGAUCUGUGCCCUAUCUCCUUCCUCGGACAAUUGCUAUCUGGCAUACCCUCUACCGCAAAAGGCGCCGCCUUCGUCCUUCACUCCCCCGGCUCAUGCUCCUCCGGGGACCACGCACGUUUCGCCUACAAGUGGCGAGGUCUUGAUAUUCGAUACAUUGAAGCUGGAAGCCAUCAACGUCAUUGAAGCGCAUCGGUCUCCGCUGGCGUGUAUCACGCUCAAUAACGACGGCACCCUUAUAGCUACGGCGUCUGACAAAGGAACAAUCAUACGAGUGUUUUCUGUUCCCGAUGGGCACAAAUUAUAUCAAUUCCGGCGGGGAUCGAUACCUUCCAGAAUCUAUAGCAUGUCCUUCAACACCACCUCGACCCUUCUUUGUGUAUCCUCUUCCACGGAGACCAUUCAUUUAUUCAAACUGAGCCACCAAUCCAACUCGCCAGAUGCUACGCCGUCUUCCUCGUCACCCACAGGCGCUGACCGGAGGUUUAGCCAAAGCUCAUUUGGACAAACACCCGAUACGGACGACACGGGUGGCGACAUUGCCUCAUCUGAGCUUGCUUCGAGGAAGCACAACGGAACAUUGAUGGGAAUGAUUCGACGGACCUCGCAAAAUGUCGGUAGCACAUUUGCCGCCAAGGUCGGGGGUUAUCUUCCAAAGGGGGUCAGUGAAAUGUGGGAGCCGGCUCGAGAUUUUGCCUGGAUCAAGCUGCCCAAAUCGAAUCAAGGGCCUGGGGCCAAUGGGAACAACGGGCCGUUGCGGAGUGUCGUCGCCAUGAGUACUAAUACUCCACAGGUCAUGGUGGUGACGAGUGACGGCAACUUCUAUGUUUUCAGCAUUGAUCUCUCCAAGGGCGGCGAGGGGACGUUGACCAAACAAUACUCUGUGCUCGACUCCAAUGACCGGUUGGGCUACUCUGUGAUGGAUUAUUAAUCUCACCAUGAUACCACUCGUU